AUGCCCAGCGCAGCAGCUUCCGGAGCUGAUACGGGUGGUUCGGCUCGAUCUCGCGAUCACAAGCAGGGUAACCAGGGACGAACCUUUACACCGGACCAGGAAGCAGCAGUUAUCCGUAUCCGAAAAUGCGAGCCCACUGCCUUUUAUGAUGUCUUGAACCUCGAGAGCGUCAAGACAACAUGUACCGAAUCCGAGAUCAAGAAGGCUUACAGGAAGCAAUCGCUUCUGACCCACCCCGACAAGAAUGGACAUCCCCAUGCCGAUGAGGCUUUCAAGAUGGUCAGCAGGGCUUUUGGAAUCUUGGGCGACAAGGAAAAGAGGGAAAAGUUUGAUAAGUUUGGCGGAGAUCCUGAUAGUCGAUUUGCCAGCGCUCAGGCAAACAACCCUUUCUUCAACCAGCGAGCCGGUGGUGGCAUGAGAGGUGGCCCAAUGUUCCAGGAUGAUCUGACUCCAGAGGAGAUGUUUGCUCGUUUCUUUGGAGGAGGAAACGGUGGCUUUGGCGGUGGUGGUCCAUUCGGAGCUUUUGAUACAGGUCCUCAAUUUGUCUUUAACUUCGGCGGAGGUCCCGGAAUCAGGGUGCAUCAGUUUGGUGGAGGAAGGCCAAGAACGCGACCUCGAGAAGCUGCUGGAGGUGCUCGACAGGAGGAAGGCAACGCUUUCCAAACCCUCCUGGGUCUGUUGCCCAUUAUCCUAUUCUUUAUCCUGCCCAUCAUCACCUCAUUCUUCUCGGGCGAAUCUGGUACAUCAGCGGCAUCGAAUCCCCGCAUGGUUUACGACAAUCCUCUACAUCCUUACACCCAGGAGCGUACGAUGCCGAAUUUGAACACUCCCUACUACGUGAACCCCGACGACGUGGCAAAGUAUUCACCAACCAAACUCAACAAACUCGAUCGCACGGCCGAACAUCAGCUGCUGAGGCAUCUCAAGAAUGAAUGCGAGAAUGAGUUGAUUUACCAACGGAGGUUGGAGGAUGCCGCUUCGGGAUGGUUCUACCAGGAUCCCGACAAGAUGGCGCUCGCACAGUCGUACUCGAAGCCGUCUUGUGAACGAUUGCGCAACCUUGGAGUCAAGUUUUAA